GUGACGUCACAGGCCAACCUGAGUUUCAGGCUUUGAGAGAAACGCGUCGAGACCGAAGCAGCAGAUGAUGGCUGAGGCUCCAGAUCUGUUCUCUGAGCAGGAGCUAACCUGCUCCAUCUGUCUGGACCUGUUUGAUGAACCAGUUUCUACUCCAUGUGGACACAACUUCUGCCAGGUGUGUAUAGGAGGAUAUUGGGCGUCCUCCUCUCUUUGCACCUGUCCUCUGUGUAAGCGUGAGUUUGAAGAGCGCCCUCAGCUCAGCGUGAACAAAGUCUUCGCUCUGAUAGCAGAUAAAUAUAAAGUUGGUCAUUAUGGAGCUGCCGGGCCGCCUGUGUUGCUAGGUAACGGUACGCCUGUACUCCCGGGCGCCAAGGCGAUGCCCCCCGGUGGUGACAGCACGGAGGUGGUGUGGUGUGAUGUGUGUACGGGGGGCAAGCAGCUGGCCGUCAGCUCCUGCCUCACCUGCACCGCCUCGUACUGCAGAGAGCACCUGCAGCCUCACCUGAGCUCCGCUUUCUACUCCAAACACCCUCUGAUGGAGCCGCUGGAGGCCCUGAAGGGGCGGACCUGCAGGACGCACCGCCGCCUAAUGGAGGUUUACUGUCGGACAUGUCAGCGCUGCAUCUGUGCCAUCUGUGUCCUGGAGGAACAUCGAAUUCACAAAACUGUCUCGGUUCAGACGGAGAGACUCGGCAAACAGAAACAUGUGGCGAGGACGGAGCAGGAGAUCCUCAACCGGAUCAGAGAGAAGGAGCUUCAUGUGACGGAGCUGAAGAGGAAGCUGGAGGCAGUCAAGAGCUACGCAGAGGGUGAGCGGGGGGAGGUGGAUCAGCUGCUGGACCACCUGUCCUCAGCGCUGGACCGGGUCCGGACUCAGGUGUCGGGCGGGAUCCAGAACCAGCUGGACACUGUGAUGUCACAGGGGGAGGGGCUGGUGAGGCGUCUGGAGGCGGAGCUUAGCCAGCUGACGGACAGGAGAGCCACGCUGGAGGAUCAGGCCGUCAGUCAGGACCACAUCCUGUUCCUGCAGAGUUACGAGGAGGCGACGUCCCCCCUAGGGGAGGAGCAGCGGGGGGAGGAAGAGCCAGAUUUCUCCCUGCACUUCCAGCUGGGGGAGGUGAAGAGCUCCCUGCUGGAGGUCAAGGAGAAGAUGGAGGACAUCCGGAUGGGAGAGGUCCAGCCCAGAGGCUCCGGCUCGGCUGGAGAGCUGAUGAUGGCAGAGAGCCUGCUCAGUCUGAGAGGAAGCUCAGCCAGUCUGAGGAAGAGCCAGUGGAGUCUGAAGGAUCUGAAGAAGAUCAAGCCGGUCUCAGGACACAAGAAGGCUCGAGUUUACAUGGAGGACGUGACUCUGAACCCGGUCACAGCGUACCCGUUCCUCAUCCUGUCGGAGGACAGGAAGCAGGUGAAGAGAGGAGAGAAGCUUCAGUUCUACAGAAACUCCCAGCAGCGCUUUGACGUGUGGUCGUGCAUCAGCGGGAAGGAGAGCUUCAGCACGGGGAGGCACUACUGGGAG